AAAAAAAAAAAUAAUAAUAUGCCUGAGCCUAAUGCUAAAACGCCAUUGUUAAAUAGCAAUGGUCAUAAAAAACCACCUGUCAGUAGACCAAAGGCUCACCGUAGACGAUCCAGCUUUGAAGCCUCUACGUAUAACAGUGCUGGAAGAUCAUUAAGCUAUAACAAAUUAACGGAUGUGGAUGAUACCAAUGUGCCUGGCCUAAAUCUCUUGCAGAUCUUAACCUUAACUGUCUGUAUGGCGGGUGUUCAGUUUACCUGGACUGUCGAACUAUCGUAUGGUACACCUUAUCUCUUGUCGCUUGAUUUAUCAAAAGAAUUAACUGCUUUGGUUUGGUUGGCUGGUCCUUUAUCUGGUCUAUUGGUUCAACCCUUAAUUGGUGCUUUUAGUGAUAAAUGUACUUCUCGAUUAGGUAAAAGAAGACCGUUUAUUAUUGUUGCUGGACUUUUGACUUGUCUAUCCAUGAUUGGUGUUGCUUACGCAAGAGAACUUGGUUAUUGGGCUGCAACUUUACUUUCAACAGACAACGAUACUGAAGCAAUCAAACGAGCAGCACAUACCAAUGCCAUUAUGGUUGCUGUGGCUUCAUUUUAUUUCUUAGAUUUCACAUUGAAUGCUGUUCAGGCCAUCUGUCGAGCUUUGAUUUUGGAUAUCCCACCUCUUUGGCAACAAGACAUUGCCAAUGCUUGGAGUGCACGUAUGAGUAACACGGCUAUGGUGAUUGGUUACUUUGUGGGUUAUGUUGAUUUGGUUAAAUAUUUCCCUUGGUUGGGUGAUUCUCAAGUAAAGGUCUUUUGUAUUGUGGCUAUCUUUGUCUUUGUGGCUACCUUGACCAUCACUUGUCUGACCACCAAAGAAAAAGUAGUUGAAAGAAAAGACGAUGAUGAUAUGAAUCAACCUUGGUACAGUACCUUUUAUUAUAUCUGGAGAGCUUUCCGUUUUUUACCUAGACCUAUCCAAACCUUAUGUAAUACCCAAUUCUUUGCUUGGAUGGGUUGGUUUCCUUUCUUGUUCUAUAGUACACAAUGGGUAUCUGAUAUUUAUUUUGCUACUCACCCACCCAGAACACCUGAAGAAUCGGUGGAUUGGGCUGAAGGCACAAGAGCGGGUUCCUUUGCGUUGUUAUGUUACUCUGUUGUGUCUGUGGUAGCUGGUAUUGUGAUUCCUGCCAUAGCCUCCAAGUUUUCUCGCGUCAAGCUAUUUGAUCUCUUGAAUAUCUACACAUUAUCCCACUUGACGGUUGCCUUUGCUUUGCUGUCGACCAUGUUUGUCAAGAGCGUCUUGGCUGCCACGGUUGUGUUGGCCAUCAUGGGUGUUCCUUGGGCCAUUGUUCUCUGGGUGCCUUUCUCUCUUGUAGGCGAAUAUGUCAGUUUUGAAGAUGAAAAACGACAAAAGAUGAUCACUGCUGCUACUACUACUUCCAACAGCACCAAUGAAGAAGAACGUCAACAACAAGAUGAAUUUGAUGCUGGUAUGAUCUUGGGUGUUCACAACAUGUAUAUUGUGUUUCCUCAAUUUGCAGUGGCCAUCAUUUCUUCGUUUAUCUUUGCUGCUGCUGAUGCUAUCAAGGAAAGAAACCAUCAAACAAUGUCCAGUGUAACUCCUGUGAUGUUGUUUGGUGGUCUGAUGGCUUUUAUUGCAGCUGGAUUUAGUAGAUCCAUUGUGCGUGUUACCUCACAUCAUGUAGUCAAUAUGCGUUAAUACGUGACUUGAAUAAAAAUAAAACAUACAUGUCUUUUUCCUCCCC